AUGACCGCAAACACAGAGAAUUCCCAGGAGGUGAACCUCCAAGUGGACUAUGUAAUCCACUACAGCUUCGGGGGCACAGAUAAACUACAAGCCAUUGAACAGCUCGAGAAGCUACUCCAGUCACUCGCCAAAGUUGGUCUUCAGGCAGAGGUCCGUCAAGGCGAUGAGGUGUCCUUACUGGUCUUUGUGAAAGCUUCUGAGAAGCACUUGAAGCGGGCGGUUUAUCGGUCGCGUGUACGCGACUGGCUUUAUGGUAUUCGCAAUGCUGAGCCUACACGGUCCAAUUCGACGGAGCCUCAGACUGAGGCCGAGCGUCUGCGGGUUAUUCACCAAAUGAUGACGCUUCCUGAGGAAGAGGGCGGUGCGAAUAUUACGCCUGGUCAUGGCCAAUGGAAGAAUGUCUCUGCUAUAUUCCCGCUUCAUGAUAUUGAGACGAAUAAUAAGUGGAUGAGGGAGUGGAGUAAAAAGACUUUCCUUUCUGAGGAUGAUUUGGAUCAGAUCAGGAAUAAGUUUGGUGAAAGUGUUGGAUUCUACUUCUCUUUCCUGCAGUCUUACUUCCGGUUCCUGAUCUUCCCCGCUGUUUUUGGAUUCUCGUGCUGGUUCCUUCUUGGCGGUUUCUCCAUAAUCUAUACUGUGGUGAACUGUCUUUGGUGUAUUAUUUUCGUGGAAUAUUGGAAGCGCCAGGAGGUGGAUCUGAGCUGCAGAUGGGAGACCAAGAAUGUUUCCGCUGUCCGAACUAAGCGGCGAGAGUUCAAGCCCGAGAAGGAGGUCUGCGAUCAGAGUACUGGUGAGGUGCAUGGUGUCUUCCCGGCAACUAAGCGUAUGCAACGACAGCUGCUUCAGAUCCCAUUUGCCCUGCUUGCGGCAAUUGCUCUGGGUGCUAUCAUUGCAACUUGCUUUGCUAUUGAGAUCUUCAUCUCGGAGCUUUAUAAUGGGCCUUUGAAGACAUACUUGAUCUUCAUUCCGACCAUUCUUGUCUCGGCGCUCGUUCCAACUAUGAGUGCUAUCUUAUCAUCGAUUGCAACCAAGCUCAAUGAUUACGAGAACCACGAGACGAGCAACGCAUAUGAUGUGGCACUGACCCAGAAGGUCUUCGUGAUCAACUUUAUAACGUCAUAUCUUCCAAUCUUCCUGACUGCCUUCGUCUACGUGCCAUUCGCCAGUCUAAUUGUUCCUUACCUCGAUGUCUUCCACUUGACAGUCCGUCCUUUCGUGUCCAAGGAACAUGCCAUAUCAAAGCAAUCGCACUUCCAGAUCGACCCUGCUCGCCUCCGCAACCAGGUUAUCUAUUUUACCGUCACGGCCCAGAUUGUCGGCUUUGCUAUGGAGACUAUUGUUCCCUAUAUCAAGCAACACGCACUUCGCAAAUAUAAGAAGUAUAACAAGGAGCGCAAUGGCAAGGCAGAGCGCAGCGACGACAAAGAAUCCCCCGAGAGACCUGUUGUGUCUUAUGACGACCCCGCCGAGGAAGUGAAAUUCCUCACGCGCGUGCGCAACGAGGUUGAGCUUUCCGAGUACGAUGUAACGGACGAUCUGCGCGAGAUGUGUAUUCAGUUCGGAUACCUAGCACUGUUCUCACCCAUAUGGCCACUCGUCCCGCUCUCCUUCUUCGUGAACAAUUGGGUAGAGCUACGGUCCGACUUCUUCAAGAUCUGCAUGGAAUUCCGCCGCCCAGUUCCACUACGAACCGACACAAUCGGACCGUGGCUGGAUAGCCUCGGAUUCCUCUCGUGGGUAGGAAGCAUCACCAGCGCAGCACUAGUCUACAUGUUCAGCGGCAAUGCCCAGCACGGACCAAACGGCGAGCCCACAGAUAUCAAGGGCUGGGCCUUACUCCUAACAAUCUUCUUCUCGGAACACCUCUACCUAAUCGUGCGGUAUGCCGUCCGGGCUGCCAUGGCCCGCCUGGAACCACCAAACUCCCGCAAAGAACGUGGCGAGCGAUACCUCAUGCGCAAGCGGUAUCUGGAAUCCACACUGCACGCGGAGACAGAUGAUGACAAAGAUGAAAGCGAAGGGAUCUACAUCCCUGAGUCAUCUGAGAUCUCUCGUGCUUCUCUCGAGGAUGAUGCCCGGCACGCGUCCUUGCAUGGUGUCGACCCGGCAGAUCGGUUCUGGAUGCACCAGCAGGGCUGGGCGGAGUCAGCCAAGAUUGGUGCUGGGAUUAUCCAGGCUCAGCCUGUCAAGGGUGCCGUUAAAAAGCAGCAGUAG